AUGACGUAUAGGGAGAUGUAUCAGAACCUAUUCAAUGCGCAUGUAGUGUCUCUCUUUUAUUUAAAGUCAAUGCAACCCCUAUAUCCCAAAUGGUAUGACGCAAAUGCUCAGUGUGAAUACCACGCUGGAAUCACUGGGCAUUCCAUUGAAAAUUGUACUGUGUUCAAAAAGUUAAUUGAAAGAUUUAUUAAAAUAGGGUUUGUAAAGUUUGAUGACUCUUCCACACCAAAUGUAGCAGAAAACCCGUUACCCAACCACAUUGACCAAGGGGUAAACGGGAUAAACGAAGGCGGGAGGAAGAGGGUGAAACAGGAGGUUGUAGAAGUCAAAACCCCAUUGAAGUGGGUAUGGAAGGAGAUGGUUAAGAGAGGAUCGAUCGUAUUGGAUUCAAAAGAAGAAUCUGAGGAAAAGAGGAACUACUGUGAGUUCCACAAUGAAGCGGGGCAUGAAAUCCAAGAGUGUGGAGAGUUCAGGGCCAUAGUGCAAGAUAGGAUAAACAACAAAGAAAUGAAGUUUUACGAAGAGGUCAAAAGCCCCAAAGAGGGAAAUAUAUGCGCGUUAGAAGGGGAAUCGAUGACGCAGAUCCAAAAAGUCAAUUACCAAGUAGUUAUUUUUUCAAGACUUAAAAAUAAUGAAGCGGGAGCACGAAUGCCACCAAAAGUCAUAAUCCAAAAACCUAUAGUCUUUUUCUAUAAAGACAGCAAGAGGGUUCCAUGGAAUUAUUACUGUAAUGUGACGAUCUCGAGAAAGGAGAACCUAGCUAACGCUUCAAAAGAGGACCAAGGUGUGGAUUCAUAUACGCGUAACAGAAGGUGGUACGAUUCAGAAAGUAAGAAAGCAAAACCUGCAAAAGGAAAAGCCAUAAUGGUCAAACAGAAGAAGAAAAGAACAACCAGACCUGAACCCCCUGUUAACAAGCCGGUAAAUGAAGAGGAGGCAAAAAAAUUUCUAAAGUUUCUAAAGCAUAGCGAGUACAGUGUCGUAGAGCAGUUGCGUAAACAACCAGCUCAUCGCUUGGUUAGCAACAUAAGCACUGAUAACUUCAUCUUCUUCAAUGAUGAUGAAAUACUACCCGGUGGCAUGGGAUCAACUAAGGCUCUACACAUCACCACCUGCUAUAAAGGGUAUACACUACUGGUGGUAUUGAUUGACAAUGGAUCGACUCUGAAUGUCCUACCAUUAUCCACAUUGAACAGGUUGCCCGUGGAUAGCUCUCAUAUGAAAGCCUGUCAAAAUAUAGUGAAGACGUUCGAUGGCACAGAGAGAAGGGCCCUGGAUACAUUCUGUAGGGGCAGUGCCUUCAUCACUCCACCAAAAGUUGAAAUUGGUACAGAAGGUCGGCUGGUGACGAUAAAUGCUGAGGAGGACAUCAUCGCAGCAGUGACCAGUGACAUUCCAUAUCUUGAGGCAAACGAUGAAGCAACCAAAUGCUCCUUUCGAUCUUUGAAAUUUAUGAAUGCAACAUUUAUCACUGAAGGGAAUAGGAUCCCAAUGCCUAAGAUAUCCAAGACUACAAGAAUGGGCUUGCAGCUAACUAUUAGGAAAGGGGCCUUACCAAAAAGAGGACUCGAGAGACACCUCCAAGGAAGGGUUGAGGCACUGAUAUUGAAGGACAAACAAGACCGCUUAGGCUUAUGA